AUGGACGAGAAAUCGAGCCCAGGUAGUUCAAGUGUCUUUGAUGUUCCUCUUUCCCCUCCUUUGACUCGAGCUCCUGAUAUCAGUCGCCGUCAAGGAGGCCAGGGCCGCGUUAGUUGUGGAUACUACUAUGGAGAUUCCCAAUCUCCUCUGUAUAUGGGAACAGACUCAACCUGUACAACUGCAUAUCCUCUGGGAAUUGGGGGUUCCUGUAUCUAUAGUAGCAACAUUCCAGUUUGUUCGCUUUAUGGUGCUUGUGUAGACGACACUGGAUGCACUGAUGGGUGUACGCCCAGUUUUUAUUGUAAUAUACUAUUGCCUACACUGUGUACGCCCAAUGUCAAUUCUAAUGUAAAUGCUAUCACAGUAUCAUUAUCUUGUUCCACAGACCACUGCCAAAGCUACUUGCUGUCUGAUCAAUCAAGCCCCAGUCUUGGCACUCAGACUUCAUAUACCUGCAACAGUACCUCGCAAACAGCACCAGUACUCAUUUUUGCAUCAGCACUAGACACUCCGAUGAGCGUGCUAGCCAGAACGACAUCAGUUUCCGACAUAUUGGUUACCUCAUCGUUGAAAUCUGGAUUUAUUGCAGCUUCAAUAUUUUCUGGUCCACGAUCAACUUCAAGUCCUUCUACUUCAUUGACUACCUCCUCAUCAAGCUCUCGCUCCAAUUCAACGCAAAGUACAUCCCAACAAACAACAAACGUAGCGUCAAACCAAGUCAAUUCUUCUCAUAACAAUACUGGCACAAUAGUAGGCGGUACUAUCGGAGGCCUUGCCGUAAUAAUUCUCACAAUCUGGCUCUUCCGUAGACAUAGAAAAAGACACGCUGUACUGUCAGAAACUGAACCGCGUUUUGAUGUGAGAGAUCCUAGUGAUCACAUGCACGAGUUAAUGGAGAAGAGCGGAAAUAGACCUGAGAUCGGAGGAGAAAUGCUCAGAGCGGAGAUGGAAAGUCCAAGAAUGAAUAUGGAACCGCCUGAGAUAGAAAGUCCUACACUAAAUAGAGAAAGGUUUGAGAUGGGGGCGCAAGGAUUAUGA